GGUCCCGGGCAGCGCACGGCAACCGAGGGACGGCCCUCCCCCGGUGCCCGCGUGGCCCGCUUCAGCAUGAAAAAGAACCAGACGGUGCAGGGCACCUUCAGCAAGAUCUUCGGCAAGAAGCACGCCAGCCCCAACGCCACCUCCCUCUACGUCACCAACCCCCCCUGGAUUUUCACCCAAGAGGCCCCGGAGGAGGGGAGCAGGGUCUUGGAUGGGAUCUAUUAUGGAGACAAUCGGUUUGACACGGUGAGCGAGUCAGGAACAGCCACGCUGAAAGCUCGGCCAAGAGUUCGGCCCCUACUGACCUUCCUUCCACUGAAUGCCCAGGAGAACCAUGGCCUGGCUGUGCCCACCCCCUCUGUCCCAGAAGACUUUGCAGACAAAGAAGUGACAGGUACCAGCUCACUAGUCAAUGGCAACCUCCGACUCUACAGCUCUGUGGGUGACCUCAGGCCGGGGCAGUAUGGCCAGGACCCACCCAUCCCCCCACCUCCUCCAGGCCCUGCCCCAGGGCCACCCUCAGGGCCACCCCCAGAUACCUCGAAACUUCAAGGGGAGACUCACCUCUUUCCCCCUGCGGGUGUCACCAAGUGGAAAUCAGAGGUAGUGCUGAAUGGCAAGCAGCCAGAGGCCCCCAGAACCAGCCCCCCCCGGAGCCCUGCCGAGCCAAAGGGGAGCCCCCUGGAACCUAAAUCAGAGGCCCACCUCACCUUCCCCCGUUCAUUCAAGGUGCCUCCCCCAACCCCAGUCAGGACGUCAUCCAUCCCGGUUCAGGAAGCACAAGGGGCUCCUCCAGAGGAGGAAGGGGCCACCAAGAAGGCCCCUAGUCGACUCCCACUGCCUCCCAGCUUCCACAUCCGCCCCGCAUCCCAGGUCUACCCGGAUAGGGCCCCUGAACCAGAUCGCCUCGGGGAGCUCAGGACUGUGGCACCUGCCAGCCCCAGGCUGAGCCAGUCCCAGACCAGGAGAAAUGAACAAGCUGAGACUCCACCCCCAGCCUCUCCCCUGCCCCUUCCCACACCCCCGUNGUUUAUAAAAAGCCCCAAAUCCAGCUCUCCUGCUCCCAAACCCAACCCCCCCAGCCCAGAGGACACAGAGUCUUCAGAGCCUGUGGACUGGCGGGAUCCCAGCCAGAUGGCAAAGCUUCGCAGCGAGCUGGCAGCCUACCUCUUUGGCUCCAAGAGAGAGGACCGAUGCACCAGUCACAGGCCAGGCCCAACGGCGGCCUCUCAGGGAAAGGAGGGCGAGAAGGGCCCCAGCCUGCCAGAGAAGGAGAUCCCCGCAAGUGAUCCUGAGAAGAGUCCCUGUCCAGACAGAGAGGCGACCGCUAGCCUGCCCCUGCCUCCUGUGGACUACGUCCCCCAAGACUCCCCGACUCUCAGUGUCCAGCAGAUCCGCAAUGAGCUGGAGGCGCGGCUUUCCUCAUCAGCAGAGAAGGAAUCCAAGCCCAGCAUAGGGUCUCUGCCUCCUAAACCUUGGCUAGAAGGGGGAAGAAUCACUGAAAACAAAGCUGAUAAAGGCCAAUUUUCCAAGCCUGUGGCCAAAAAUAUGCCACCACUAUCCACCCCCCUUCUGCCAACGACACCACACCAGUCCAAGGCUGUGCCUGGGCCAGCCACACCACCCAAAGCUGCGCCUGGGCCAGCCACACCACCCAAGGCUGCGCCUGUUACAGCCACAAGUGGGCCAGCCACACCACCCAAGGCUGCGCCUGUUACAGCCACAAGUGGGCCAGCUGCGCCUGUUACAGCCACAAGUGGGCCAGCCACACCACCCAAGGCUGCGCCUGGGCCAGCCACACCAUCUGCAGCCACAGCUCUGCCCACCACAUCAUUCCAACUGAGAGCAGAGAAGAACCUAGUCCCAGCUGAGCAGCGGAAGAAACCAGAACCUCAAGAAAAUGCAGUGCCUUCCCAGCUGGAGGCAGAAGGGCGCCCCUCAGAGGCCAGUAAGCCUCCUACACAAGGAGCCCUCUCACCUCCAGCCCUCCCACCAGAGAUGUCCCCAGGCAAAGAAGUGGCAUUUCUCUACAAGCCCCACAGCAGCCAGAACAGCCCCAGCAGGGAGGUUGCGGUGGUGAUGCCCACCAUGGCCAGAGGAGAGGCUGCAGGGUCAGGGGAGCCUGUGGAGGCGAAGGAGCCCCAGGGGCUGCCAGCCAGACCCCCCUCCUCAGCCCAGCCUGCUGACGAAGUGCUCAGACACCCGGUGACCGGGGAGGUGGUGGAGCGGGGCUCCCCCAUGGCCCUGCUCCUUGCAGCCAGGCAGAGGGCACAGAAGGGGCGGUCUCGAGGGGCUGGCCUGGACCGGUCCUCCCUGCCAGGGAGUCUCCGGGGCCAGCCCCAGGCAGGCUCUGACACCAUCUUCCUCAGGGACGGCCAGCCCAACUCCUUCACUGUGGUCCCCAAGCUAUCCACAGAGGCUAAGAACCCCCAGCCGGCCUCCUCAGCACAGCCCGCCCUGCCCAGCCCCUGGAAGGCCCAGCGGGGCAGAGACCCGGAGGACACGGAGCCAAGCCGAGGGCACAGCUGGACCAAGGUGGAGCCCCAGGCCCCCGCGUCCUGGGGAAGGUCAGCGCCCUCGGGCCUCGCCCAGGGCCGCCUGCUGCCCAAGUCCUUCUCGUCGCCUUCUUCUCCUUCCUACAAGAGCGAGGAGGAGAAGUUCAGCUUCGAGGUGAUCCCGCCACCGCCGGAGUUCAGCAACGACCCUGAGCCUCCAGCCCCGGCCCUGCAGUACCGGGGCCGCCGGGGCUCCCCUCCCUGGAUCAAGUUCUCAGACUUGGGGCUGUCCCUGGACGCGCGCCCCGCGGCCUCGGCGCGCUGGCCGGCGGCUGAGCGCUACUCGGGGGCCGGGGGCCUGGAGUCUCCCCGCAGCAACCCCCACUAUGGAAGCCCCAUCAACACGUUCACCGUGAGGCCUGGGACCCGCCAUCCCAUCUCCUACGUCUACCCAGGCGCCCAUCGGAAUGCCCUAUCUUGA